AACCUGAAUGAAACCGUCAGGAAUCAAACUGGUUGUAUUCUGACCCUGAAACUAAACACGGUUUCAUCGAAAUAUCUAAGUUUAAUCCAGCUCGAACUGCUGUGAGAGAGCGUCGCUCGGUCACGAGUGUGGUUACGUCUGACUGGUUCUCUGUAGUGACUGAUGCACCGUUACCGGCGCGCCCCGUGAUUCUCCAUCAUCUCCAUCAUGUCAGAUCAGCCCUCAUCUCCUCCAGCCGGACACAAGCCCACCCUCCGGGCGCCGGGGUCCUCUCAGAGCCGCUUCCAGGUGGAUCCGGUGGCGGAGGCGGCGGCGGCGGCGGCAGCGGCGGGCGUCGCUCCUAAAACCCCGCCGGGAUCGCGCUCCUCCACCGGUGAGGAGUCCAAGAGCCGGUUCCGGGUGGUGAACUUCUUAAGCCCGUCUGACGCCGCGCCUGACGCGGGAUUGAACGGAGACACGGUGAGGAGCGAGGCGAGCCUGCACUCGUCCACCGGGGGUCUCAGUCACUUCUCGGACACGCACUCCAGCACGUAUUACCUGCGCACCUUCGGGCACAACACCAUCGACGCGGUGCCCAACAUCGACUUCUACCGGCAGACCGCGGCUCCGCUCGGGGAGAAGCUCGUGCGCCCGUCGCUGUCGGAGCUCCACGAUGAACUCGACAAGGAGCCGUUUGAGGAGGGGUUCCCCAACGGAGAGGAGCUCACGGCCGCCGAGAUCAUCACAGCCAAAGAACUGUCCGAUUCCAAGGGAGGCACGGUGAAGUUCGGCUGGGUCAAAGGAGUGCUGAUACGAUGCAUGCUGAACAUCUGGGGAGUGAUGCUGUUCAUCAGGAUGUCGUGGAUCGUGGGUCAGGCGGGCAUCGCUCUGUCCUGUGCCAUCGUUCUCAUGGCUAUCGUGGUGACGUCUAUCACUGGACUCUCAACAUCAGCUAUUGCCACCAACGGCUUAGUGCGUGGAGGCGGGGCAUAUUACCUGAUCUCCAGGAGUUUGGGUCCAGAGUUUGGAGGAUCCAUUGGUCUGAUCUUUGCCUUUGCCAAUGCUGUCGCUGUGGCCAUGUAUGUCGUAGGUUUUGCAGAAACCGUCGUUGAGCUUCUGGAUAGUAUAGACGCUCUCAUGACGGAUGAGAUCAAUGACAUCAGGAUCGUCGGCACGCUCACCGCCGUCUUACUGCUGGGCAUCUCUGUCGCUGGAAUGGAGUGGGAGGCAAAAGCCCAGAUUGUGUUAAUGGUGAUUCUUGUGGCGGCUAUUUGCAACUACUUCAUCGGAUCCUUCAUCCCCUUGAAGUCGAAGGAGCCUCAAGGCUUCUUGGGUUAUAACGCUGCCAUAAUGAUGGAGAACAUGGGUCCAGACUUCAGAGAUGACGAAACCUUCUUCUCCGUCUUUGCCAUCUUCUUCCCGGCCGCCACAGGAAUCCUAGCGGGAGCCAAUAUAUCAGGAGACCUGGCGGAUCCACAGUUAGCGAUUCCGAAAGGAACUCUCCUGGCGAUCCUCAUAACUGGAGUGGUUUACAUCGCUGUUGCCAUCUCGAACGGCUCUUGUAUCGUGCGGGACGCCACAGGCGAUGAUAAUGACACCAUGGUGGGCUCGCUGGAGAACUGCACCGACGCCGCCUGCACGCUGGGAUACGACUUCUCCAUCUGUAAAGAGGGCGGCUGCAAGUACGGCCUUCAGAACGACUUCCAGGUGAUGAGUUUGGUGUCUGGCUUCGGGCCGCUCAUCACAGCUGGGAUAUUCUCGGCCACUCUCUCAUCAGCGCUUGCUUCUCUGGUCAGCGCUCCCAAAGUCUUCCAGGCCUUGUGUAAGGAUAGAAUCUACCCUGGAAUGCAUGUGUUUGCCAAAGGAUACGGGAAGAACAAAGAGCCUCUGCGCGCUUAUGUCCUCACCUUCAUCAUCGGCCUGGCCUUCAUCCUGAUCGCUCAGUUGAACGUCAUCGCUCCCAUCAUUUCCAACUUCUUCUUGGCUUCUUACGCCUUGAUAAAUUUCUCUGUUUUCCACGCGUCGCUGGCGAACUCCCCAGGAUGGCGUCCGAGCUUCAAAUACUACAACAAGUGGGUGUCGUUAGCCGGAGCCGUGCUGUGCUGCGUGGUGAUGUUUGUGAUCAACUGGUGGGCAGCGCUGCUCACAAACGGCAUCGUCCUGGCGCUCUACAUCUACGUCAGCUACAAGAAACCAGAUGUGAACUGGGGUUCGUCGACACAAGCGCUGAUGUACAAUAAGGCACUAACACACAGUCUGCAUCUCACCGGGGUUGAGGACCAUAUCAAGAACUUCAGGCCUCAGUGUCUUGUAAUGUCUGGAUACCCAAACUCAAGACCAGCGCUGCUGUAUCUAGUGCACGCCUUCACCAAAAACGUGGGUUUGAUGGUCUGUGGACACGUGCGCACGGGAUUCCGUAGGCCGAACUCGAAGGAUAUGAUGAACGAGCAGGUCCGCUAUCAGCGCUGGCUCCUGAAGACACGAAUCAAAGCCUUUUACACUCCUGUGUUUGCUGAUGAUCUCAGACAAGGAGCUCAGUAUCUCCUGCAGACCACUGGAUUGGGUCGCCUAAAACCCAACACACUGGUGUUUGGCUUUAAGAACAACUGGAGGGACGGUGAGAUGAAGGAUGUGGAAACCUACAUCAACACCAUCCAUGACGCGUUUGACCUACAGUUCGGGGUGGUUCUCUUGAGACUGAAGGAAGGUCUCGACAUCUCUCACAUUCAAGGUGGAGUUUCGUGGCCUAAUCGUUUAUGUCUUUUCAUCAGUGAUUUUAACUCUGAUUCUGUUGGUCUUUCUUCAGAUGAAUUUCAGACCUCGCAGGAGAAAGCUCCUGGAAUGAAGGAUCUCUUGGUGUCCAUCAACAUCAAAGACUUUGACAGUGAUUCCUCAAAACCGUCAUCUAAAUCCACCAGCUGCCAAAGCAGUCCGCUCAUCUUCAGAGACACCAAGAAGCCUCCGAUGCAGCUCAGUCCUGCGGACGAGAAACUUCUGGCUGCCAGUCAACAGUUCCAGAAGAAACAGAGCAAAGGAACCAUCGAUGUUUGGUGGCUGUUUGACGACGGAGGCUUGACUCUUUUGAUACCGUAUUUGCUAACCAACAAAAAUAAAUGGCGCGACUGCAAGAUCCGUGUGUUCAUUGGAGGAAAGAUAAACAGGAUUGACCACGACCGCAGAGCAAUGGCGGCAUUGCUCAGUAAGUUCAGGAUUGACUUCUCUGACAUCACCGUUCUUGGAGACAUCAACAUUAAGCCAAAGAAGCACAAUAAGAAGAUGUUUGAGGAGAUGAUCGAGCCGUACAGACUGAAGGAGGACGACAUGGAGCAAGAAGCCGCUGAGAAACUGAAGGCUGAAGAACCCUGGAGGAUCACAGAUAAUGAGCUGGAGCUCUACAGAGCCAAGUCGAAUCGGCAGAUCAGACUGAACGAGCUUCUGAAGGAACACUCGAGCACAGCCAACCUCAUUGUCAUAACCAUGCCACUCGCCCGGAAGGGGACGGUGUCCAGCGCUCUUUACAUGACCUGGCUGGACACGUUAACUAAAGAUCUGCCUCCGAUUCUUCUUGUCCGAGGAAACCAUCAGAGUGUUCUGACCUUCUACUCGUGAAGCGAACGUGAAGUGACUGUGUUACAAUCAGUACAUAUUGGCCAGAUUUGUUCGCUGUUGCCAAAUCGAAUUACAGUAUAUUUAAUAUAUUGAGCUGAAAUAACCGAUGCUUCAGAAAAGUUUACUUGUAGAUAUUUUUAAUGUAACAACACUUACCUCUAAAAGAGCAGAUAAAAUGAUGCUUGAAAUAAAUUUAAAGGGACAGUUCACCCAAAAAUGAAAAUUCUGUCAUUUACUCAACCUCAAGUUGUUCCAAACCUUCAAAAUAGCUUCUAUUCAUACAGGUUUGGAACAAUGUGAUGGUAAUUAUGUCAACGUUUUCAUUUUUGGGUGAACUAUCAUUUAAUGUCCAGUUUUGCACUAACUCUGGGGAUAAAAGUUAAACCGUUUAAUUUGUCUUAAUCCACAACACUGAUGACAUUUUUCAUUGCCAAGCCUGAAAUGAAGUUCUUGCCUCCUAAAAACAAACUCACUCUGAACAUAUUUGUGCUUAUCUUCAUCAAAUCUUCAAAUGUCGUCUGUCCACACUUUAUCUAUUCAGGCUGCUGUUCUUAGACGCUAUCAAAUAGUUUACUAAGAACCUGCUAAUUCUGAUAGUUCUGGAGAAAGUGUGUUUGUAUGUGUCUUAGUGCCAAUGCAAAUGUUUAAAGACACUGUUCUAGAAAAGAGAGAUAUUGAAAGAUGCAAAGCAUUAAAUAAAUGGCCUUGAUUUUAACCAUGUAA